AUGUCUUAAUUUUUCAGUGGUGUAACAAUGCCUGACAAUGAAUGGUCUGAAAUAUUUGAUAUAGAAAAUUGUGAUAAGUCUCAAGCUUAUGAUAGCUUUGGAGAUUUUCAUGCAGAACUCCACCGUUAUUAUUCAAUGUUGAAUUAAAAUCCUGCUACCGAUGAAUCAAAUAUGCUUAAUUCAGAAGCAACGAAUGGCGAAAUUUUAUAGAGUUCAAAGACAAGCAAAGUCAUAAAAAAAGUAUGCUAUUACAUUAAUUUUCAGAAGAAAAUAUAGACAGCACUUCCUGGAGAGAGCAAGAAUUUACAUAAAUGUUAUGGAAGAUAAUUAUAGCUAUUCAUAAGGAAUUUUUGCAAUAAGACAAAUAAUUCUAGUUUGAAAGAGGAUUAACAUAUUAAAUAGUUUUUAUAAAUCCAAGGAGAUAAAAUAGGAAAAUAUGAAUUAAACUAAUUUCUAAAUUGUUAAAAGGGGAAGAUGUUCUCUAAGGAAUUUUUUGGAUAAUGUUUGUGGAAGUAUAAUGUUGUCAAAGAAUCAAAGACAAGUGUGUCGUCGCUUUUCAGACAUAAUAUUGAACCUUUUUGGGAGACCCAUAAAAAAAUCAAGUCAAGAAUGUGA